AUGGCGGACGUGAGUACAGAUGUGGUGAUGGGCGAAGCCCCGUUGGAGGCCGAUGCUGGCCUGUUAGCAUCGUAUGACUUUAAUCCUCUGGAUAAUAGUGGGUAUAAGAAGGAUCGCGAGGCUCUGCUGGUAUCGCGAACACGAAAUGCGACUCAAUUCCUGCUCAAUACCAUUUUCAAGCUGCCCAUUUCGCGCGAUUUGGACUAUGGACCGCUCGCAUCUUUGCCGCGCUUCACUUCUCUCCUUCCGCGUGAGAAGUCGCUGCCGAAGCCGAAGCCGCUGACCAAGUGGGAGCGGUUCGCGCGCAAGAAAGGAAUUGUGAAACGCAAGAAAGACAAGAUGAUCUUUGACGAGGAGAGCCAGAAAUGGGUUCCACGCUGGGGAUAUAAAGGCGCAAAUAAGACGCUUGAUGACCAGUGGCUUGUGGAAGUGCCGAAUACGGCGGACGACGAGUUCCGGCCGGAUAAGGCGGCUGCGCGCGAGCUCAAAGAGCGCCGCGCAAAGAAUGAGACCCAGCGCCAACGCAAUAUUGCGCGUGGUGCAGCGGAGAUGGCUACUGCAGUUACAGAUGCCCCCAAACGCGCAAGCGCACUGGGCUCGGGGGUUGCGCCCAAGGCGCGCCGCCGUGCUGAGCUAGAAGCCGAUGUCUUGCGCGCGCGCGGAAGCACCGCUUCCAUGGGCCGCUUUGACAAGCAUUUGGAAGGCGAAACUAAGCCGCGUGGUGUCAAGCGUCAGUACCAACCGAACGAGAUGAAUACGACAGACGAACGCAAAGCAAAUUUGGCGCUUUUGGGCAAGAUUGGGCGCGGCGGCUCCGACGUGAACAUGCGCAAGGCCAUCAAAUAUGCCAGCGAUGGGCAAGGCUCCAAGGCAUUUAUCGAUCGGAAGCAAAGGGAGCGCGCACCGGCAAAGCGCCGCAAGUAG